GUCAUCGGCGUGCGCCCGGAGCCGGAGUCGCUGAGCGCCGGGGAGCCGCGUGCGUGUCGGCGCGGCCGUCGCUGCGGUCUCUUGCACAAUGAGCUUUGUGGCUUAUGAGGAGCUGAUCAAGGAGGGUGACACUGCCAUCUUGUCGCUGGGCCACGGUUCAAUGGUGGCAGUGCGUGUGCAGCAAGGGGCACAGACUCAGACCCGACAUGGUGUCCUGAGACACUCUGUGGACCUCAUUGGCAGGCCCUUUGGCUCCAAGGUGAUCUGCAGCCGAGGAGGCUGGGUGUAUGUGCUGCACCCCACGCCUGAGCUCUGGACUGUGAAUCUCCCACACCGCACGCAGAUCCUUUACUCCACCGACAUUGCGCUGCUCACCAUGAUGCUGGAGCUGCGGCCCGGCUCCGUGGUCUGCGAGUCGGGUACUGGCAGCGGAUCUGUGUCCCACGCCAUCAUCCGCAGCAUCGCCCCCACCGGCCACCUGCACUCGGUGGAGUUCCACCAGCAGCGAGCGGACAAGGCCCGGGAGGAGUUCGAGGAGCACCGAGUGGCCCGCUGGGUGACAGUGCGCACUCAGGACGUGUGCCGGAGCGGCUUCGGCGUGAGCCACGUGGCUGACGCCGUCUUCCUGGACAUCCCGUCACCCUGGGAGGCGGUGGGCCAUGCCUGGGACGCCCUCAAGGUUGAAGGCGGACGCUUCUGCUCCUUCUCGCCGUGCAUUGAGCAGGUCCAGCGCACGUGCCAGGCCCUGGCGGCGCGCGGCUUUGCGGAGCUGAGCACGCUGGAGGUGCUCCCGCAGGUGUACCACGUGCGCACCGUCAGCCUGCCCCUGCCUGACCUGGGCCGCGCGGCUGCCCCUGCAGGCACCGACAGCAGCCCUUUCCGCAGCGGCACGCCCAUGAAGGAGGCGGUGGGCCACACCGGCUACCUGACCUUCGCCACCAAGACCCCGGGCUGACCCAUGUGCCCUGGACAUGCCGCCGCCAGAGGCUGCCUUACGUGGUCGGCAGAAGCCUGCAGAGAGACUUGCGUGGAAACAGACGGCGGGGGCGGGGGCCG